GAACAUUCUUAUUUUCCACCUCGGUUCAGGGUCACCAAUUUCAUGUAUUUGAGAUUCUCUGUGAAUAUCGUCGAGGUAGUGAUAACAAGAAGUUAAGGCAUGUUUACAAGUUGUCUCGUGGAUACACUGAUGCUAUUGUUGGUGAAGGAGGUGUCGGUUGGAGUGGGGAUUCAAGAUGGUGCGCGGUCGCAAGUGGCCGUGGGACAAUUCACGUGUUCGCUAUCAACCCCUAUGGUGGUCCGGCUCAUAUACCUUCCCACGUAACGGGCUGGGUCAAUAAUAUGGACGAACAGUAUAGUACCACCACUCAAUCCCCUGUG